AUGUCAACAGCCAUCAUUUCUAACCUACCUCAGGAACUCCCACAUGAGCUCGGGAUGCUCAAGGUUCGAGAGUCUGCCUCCACAUCAGCCACGGAAGCUUCAGACACAAGUGAAAGAACGGAUGGAGUCGACGAAUCUUACAAAGUAAAAACCAAGGCACUCUACAACAUUCCACUUCGCCGUGUCAAUCCUUCCUUUGGGGUCGUCAACGUUGCCAAUAGCACCACUGACCUCAAGUCCAUGACUAUCAAGGAGCGACGGGAUGUCGGGGCCAAUGUGACGGUUCUGUUUGCGGUGCGAACUCCGGGUUGUGCUGGGUGCCGAGAACACGGGCUCCAACUGUCCGAGUUGGCCAAACAAGACAAGAAGAUAGCUCUCGUGGGCGCUGUCAAAGAGGCGGGAGUGGAUGAUCAGGCUCUGGUGGACUUUUAUGAAGAAUACUUUCAUCAUCCUAUGUACAAAGAUGAUCAUUGGAAGAUCUUUCACGCCAUGGGCGGCAAGAAGGUAUGCAAGUUCCAACUGAUGAAGAGAGCAUACAGUUUGUUCCGAAGAACACGAGGAAAAGGCAUCGAGUCAAAUGUUGGUUGUGGUGACUUUUGGACCAAGGGGGGUGUCAUGAUCUUCAACAAGAAAGGCGAGCUCAAGUACACACAAUACGAGCGAUUUGGCAAGGAAUUUGACAUGGACGCCAUUCGCAAAGCCAUUCAACAGAUCCGAUCAGAACAAAGAAAACAGAUGGACUCAUCAGCCACAACUCACACAUCUAGCGCAACUCAGCACGCAUGGGACUGGUAG